AUAAAACAAACAAACUUUAAAGAUGGCCAGCGCUCCUAUACCGCUCACUAAUGUGGGAAGCGGCUACACCAUUGUUACUCAGGUUGUUCCCACAUCAACAGCUUCAGCUACAUCAGGACAAAACUCCUCUCAGGUGCAAAGCCCACUGCAGAAGUUUCUGAAAGGAGAACCCAAAGCACUCGGAACUGUCCAAAUAAUGAUUGGUGUAAUAACGAUAUUGUUUGGUAUCGUGCUGGCGGUCAAUCCUAUAUCCAUCAGCGUGAGCACUGGGGUCGUCUUCUGGGGCUCACUGUUUCACAUUAGUGCUGGUUCUCUGGCUGUUUCAGGGAGCAACAAGCUUAAUGCCUGUGUGGUGAAGGCCACUCUUGGAGUAAAUAUCUUAAGCACAGUAGCUACGGGAAUCGCUAUCAUCCUUUUUUCCCUGGAUCUGGCGUUCAUGCCAUUGUUUUCUUCCCAUUUUGCAGAGAGCCGUACCAGUGGAAUCACAGGCGUUCUGCUGGUUUUCUCUCUGCUCCAGUUCGCUGUUUCCAUUGCAAUUUCAGCCUUCACCUGCAAAGCAACUUGCAAUGGUGAACCCACUCUGAACAUCAUUAAUGUGGUUUCAAACCCUGAGAGUGCUGUUCCUGUGGUCGGUUCCUUCCCAGCUUAUCAAGCACAAGCGGGCGCUGUUACCAUGAGCAGUCCGCCUGUGGAAAGUCCUCCAGCCUACAGUGAGAAAAGCUAAACACAAAACUACUAGGGGAAGGAUAAUGGUGCUUGGGAUUGGGUUGCUGCCUAAAAUCGAACCACAAUAAAACAAAUAAAAACAACAACAAAAACAAUUAACAAUAUCAGGAAAUAGAUCAUUAAAAACUUUGGUAUAAAAUCUACAUGUUUAUAAACCACAAGUCUUUGUAAUCUGGUACCUCUAAUCAUCAUGUAAGCUAUGUUACAAAGCUUAAUGUAUAUCAUAAGUCUUUUUCUCUCCUGUUUUUGACCCCUAUCAUAUGCCAAACUCUGGACACUUCCUUAGAUCUGUUUAGCAUCUCAGUCCCUGUUUAUGGCCUUUUACGUCUGUACUUUUAUUCUAGCAUUUUAUUUACCCUUCAAUCUUUGCCAAAUUUUGCAUGUAUUUUUCAGGUUAAUUCAAACUGCUGUAUUGAUUAGUAGAAUGUCUGUAAAUUAAAGUAAAAUAUGUUACUUUUCAUCCUUAACUUUGGUGAAGUUCUCUUCUGAUGAGAAUAAUAAAACUGCGAAGUAUUGAGUUGA